AUGCAACUUAUAUCGAAUUACACGGUUUCCGAAAAUAUCACAACAAUAGUUGAAGAACUUCCAAGACUAUGGCAACAUGUAACAGAUACCGAAAUUCACGGAUAUUCUGGUCCACUUUAUAUUGGCUACGACGGUGUUCGUCUACCGUAUUAUGAUAUGUUUAUGUGGAGAGAUCGACAAGUUCGACAUGUCGCAACAAUCAGACCACGAGAUCGAACAUUCUGUCAAAUCUAUGCGAAUUGUUAUGAAGUUAUAAAAUAUGAUGAUGCUGUAAUGUUAGAUGAACUCCCACCGUAUUAUGAUGUUUGUGGAUACGAUAGCAAAUUGUGCAGUGAUUCACAUGUUUUUAUUAUUGCCGGAAUUGUUUUCAGUGUUUUGUUGAUACCAUUGGGAAUAGCAUUCUAUCUUCAAAGAAAAGAACAUUUGAUUCAACAAAUGCCUUGGAGAGUUCCGUUUGAAGCAUUAUCUUUCAAUGAUGGAAAUGAUAGUGUAAGAAUUUAAAAGGGUUAAACAACUUUAUUUUUGUGAUGAUUUUUCUAGACUUCAACACGGCGUGUUUCAAUGUCAUCAUCAAUUGCUAGACAAUCCUACGCUUCAAUAUUCAUGGCCAAUAUUGUCGAACACGCGUUUGUCAACAAACAAAAAGUUAUCAUAACGAAAUUUCCAUAUCUCAUUUAAUCAUUUUCAGGUAUCGGUGAAACGCUACAUUCAAAGACGGGCCAUCAAUUUUACAAGACAAGAAAUGGAACUUCUCAAUCAAUUGAAAUAUAUGAAUCACACAAAUAUCAACCCAUUUUGCGGUAUUUGUUUCAAUCAGGGCAGUGAGAUGCUUUUGAUGUGGCAAUUCACAACAAGACAUUCUUUGGAAGAUUUGAUUUUCAUCAAGGAACAAAAAUUCGGACGGAAUUUUCAGUCAACUUUCAUCAAACAUAUUUUACAUGUAAAUUUAGAAUAUUUCGGAAAUUUCUUCAUACAACUGAAUUUUCAGGGAGUGCAUUUUAUACACAACAGUUCGAUCAAAGUUCACGGCGCAUUAUACUUAUCAAACUGUGUUGUUGAUUCUUAUUGGGUUGUCAAAAUCACAGAUUUUGGAACUAGAAGUAUCUUGAGUGAGAAGAUUCAUCAUAAGGAACUCGUUCCGAUGAUGCCUUUUGAUUCCGAAGCAAUUCACUAUAGUGAGGAAUUCCAGUAAAUCACUUAGUUUUAUUCUGCAUGUUUUUUUUCAGAGUAUCUGCAACAAGCUCCUGAACAUCUGCAGAAUCUUCUGGAGAAAAAUGAGGAACCAAUUGGAACUGUUGAGGGAGAUAUUUAUCAAUUGGCAAUGUUGAUUUAUCAAGUAUUAUUUUAUAUGCGCCCAUUUGCUGAGAGACCCCAAACUAUUCGAGAGAUCGCAGAAAUUAUCAUAAAUCCAAAUAGUACUGCUCAACAUCCAAGAGUUCCAGAAGAAUCAUCAUUCACAAUGAGAUUAUUAUCAAUUAUGCAGCAAUGUUGGUUAUAUAAACCGCAAGCCAGACCAGCUUUGUUGAAAAUUAGUGAUGCAGUGAAUCGAGAAUUCGGUCAAGAGUAAGACUAUCUAGAUUUGUAACUUUUUAAAAAUUUCGGAAAUUUAUAGCGCGAAAGGAACGUUAAUUGAUCAAAUGAUUGAGAUGAUCGAUGAAUAUUCAGCAAACCUAGAACAAAUUGUUGCUGAAAGAACAAGAGAACUUGAGCAAGAUAUGUCAAAGACUGAAAAUUUGUUGUAUCAAUUAUUACCAAAAUCGAUUGCUGAUUCAAUUCGAGAUGGUCGUACUGUACAUCCAGAACAACAUAGUUCAGUAACACUACUGGUUGUAGAUAUUUGUCAGUUCACAAAGUUUUGUGAAGCAUUUAUUCCUGUUCAUGUGAGUUUGAACUUUCGAGAAGGACUUGCAAGUUUUUCAAAACUUUUACAGAUCCUUGAAACUCUUCAAGAACUUUAUUCAUCUUUCGACUUCAUAGUUCAGAAAAACAAAGCGUUCAAAGUUGAAAAUGUUGGAGAUGCUUAUUUGAUUUGUAGUGGAAUUCCAGAAAUGAAAGAUAUUCGACAUCUUCGAGAAAUAUCCAAGAUCGCAUUAAAGUUUCAAAAUUUUAUGAAAACUUUCAAAGUUCGUCAUCGUCCUGAUCAUCCACUUCUAGUUAAACAAGGUAUAACAUCAGGAGCAGUUGCUGCUGGAGUACUAGGAAGUACCGCUCCACGAUUUUGUCUUUUCGGGGACACUGUGAAUAUGGCAUGUCGUAUGGCAAGCACUUCAGUCCCGGGAAAAAUUCAAAUAAGUGAAUUGACAGCAAACACACUUAUGGAUCGAUUUCCAAAUUUCGAAUUGGAAGAACGAGGAAUGGUUGAUGUCAAAGGAAAAGGAUCUUGUCUCACAUUUUGGUUGAAUGGAGAAAAAGAGAAAGAUAAAAGAUUGACAUCAAGGAACAGUACGAUUUCACAAAUCAAAUUUGAGGGAGAUUCAUCAAAUCUUUUGAGGGUUUAA